AUGGAAGGAAAAGUGUUUGUUCAGGGAAAUCUCUUGGACUCACGCCAUGCGGAUGCUGUGGUACCAAUCUUGAUGCUGUUGUUUCGCAUUUUCAGCAAACGUCCGAAUGCUGUUCCUGACUCUCAGAUGUCACAGUCGUUUGCGACCUUUUCAUCACAGAGUUUGCAAGCUAUGGGAUGCAAACGGAAAACUGAUGAGACGGUGUGCUUGGAAGUGAUUGGGCUUCUUAAGAGGUGUAUGUCGCAAUGGACACCAACAAAAUUGGCUAUUUAUCUGGGUUUUGCCGAAGAAGGUGCAAAAAAUUCAAGUAUGGCUGGGCAGUGUCUAGAUAUGUUAGUUUCCCAUGCCACUACUGGUUGGUUGAAGUGA